AUGCAGAGCACCCCCAACUACCUGUGGCACCCCGAGGACGUGCUGGGCCAGGGGGCCACCGCCUGCGUGUACAGGGCGCGCAACAAGAAGUCAGGGGAGCUGGUGGCCGUGAAGGUCUUCAAUGACGCCAGCUACUUCAGGCCGCAGGAGGUUCAGAUGAGGGAGUUUGAGAUGCUGAGGAAGCUCAACCACAAGAACAUCGUCAAGCUCUUCGCCGUGGAGGAGACGGGAAGCAGCAAGCAGAAGGUGCUGGUGAUGGAGUACUGCUCGAGCGGGAGCCUGCUCAGCGUGCUGGAGGACCCCGCCAACGCCUUCGGCCUCGCCGAGUCCGAGUUCCUCAUCGUGCUGCAGUGCGUGGUAGCGGGAAUGAACCAUCUCCGCGAGAACGGCAUCGUCCACCGCGACAUCAAGCCCGGGAACAUCAUGCGGCUGGUGGGAGAGGACGGGCAGAGCAUCUACAAGCUGACAGAUUUCGGGGCCGCCCGGGAGCUGGAUGAUGAUGAGAAGUUUGUGUCGGUCUAUGGGACGGAGGAAUAUCUCCACCCAGACAUGUACGAGAGAGCGGUUCUGCGGAAGCCCCAGCAAAAGGCUUACGGCGUCGCCGUGGACCUGUGGAGCAUCGGCGUGACCUUCUACCACGCGGCCACCGGCAGCCUGCCCUUCAUCCCCUUCGGCGGCCCUCGCAGGAACAAGGAGGUCAUGUACAGGAUCACCAGGGAGAAGCCGCCGCGAGCCAUCGCGGGCGUGCAGCGGCAGGAGAACGGCAGCAUCGAGUGGAGCUACGAGCUGCCCGCCACCUGCCAGCUCUCCAUGGGGCUGCAAGUCCAGCUGAUCCCAAUUCUGGCUAACAUCCUGGAGGCAGACCAGGAGAAGUGCUGGGGAUUUGACCAGUUUUUUGCAGAAACCAGCGAUAUCCUGCACAGGAUGGUGGUUGAUGUCUUCUCCCUGCAGCAGGCUUCCCUGCAUCGCAUUUACAUCCACUCCCACAACACCACCACCAAGUUCUUGGACGCCGUGUCCCAGCAAACCAGCAUCGCCCCGCACCACCAGGAAUACUACUUCGAGGGCCAUCCAUAUGAGCUGGAUCCCAGCCUACAAGCUCACGACUUCCGCAGGACCACGGAGCACAACCCGCUGGCCUUGCUGAGCACCGAGCCCCAGGACCCGGUGGGACUCAGAUACAGAGACCCCGCCCUGGACUUCCCCAAGUUUGCCCCCAAGGUGGAUGUGGUGGCCGACUGCAGCACGGCCAAGAGCGCCGUGGGCGCCGCGCACCGGACCCUGCGCGUCGCCCGCUCGCUGCGGCGCGGCCGGGAGCUGCUGCUGCGCGGGCUGCACUGGGUCACCGGCAGCCUGAAAACGGAGUGUUCACGGCUCCUGGAGCAGCGGAGGGGAGCCCUCGCACUGCUCACCUGCUUGCAGCUCACCGAGGCGAAGACCCGCGGGCUCUUGGAGGCGGUCGGUGGCGCCGGGGUGACGCCGGCGCUGCAGGAGCUCGGCGCCGUGAGGACGCGGCUGCAAGCUGUGCUGGGGGACCUCUCGCAACGUUCCCACGACGUCGUCGAGCACCGCGCCGAGCUGGACGGCAUCCUGGACGAGCUGGCCGCGCACGGCCGGGAGGUGCUCGAGGACAAGAGCACGCAGCAGAUCGAGUGCUGCCUGGAGAAGAUGCAGCUCAUCCACAAGCAGUUCAAGCAGGCCAGGACGUGUCUGCGGCUGGGCUAUAACGAGGAGCAAAUACACAAGCUGGACAAGGUGAAUUUAGGGCACCUGGCCAGGAAGGUGCUGCAGAUUUUCCAAGAUGACUGUGUGCAGAGGUACCAAAAGAUGCUGGCUCUGCACGGGAGCAGAAUGAGGAAGGUCUGCGAGAUAAAGAAGCAGCUGAAGAGGCUCAGCAACUGCACGGGCGCGGGCAGCGCGGCGCUGUCCGAGUGCCAGGACUGCCUGCAGCGCGCCUUGGACCGAUUCCUCCAGACGCUCCUGAUGGAGAAGCGACAUUUGGCCCCUUCGCCGGCUCUCCCGAACCCGGCACGCCAAGACAUGGCCCUUAGGAUGCAGGAGCUGCUGGAGCAGAUGAGGUCGGUCACGUGCAAGCUGCAGGUCAACAACAGCAUCAUCGAGCGGUUAAAAGGGGCUGCUCCCGCUGCCGGAAUUUGAGCGACGCGGUGGAUUUGGAGCUACGGGAGUGAGCGGUGCUUCCCGGGGAUGGCAACACUCCUGCUCCUCGGCCCAUGGCGAGGGCAGCGUCCGUGUUUCGGGAACUCUCCUUGUCCUCCGUCUCUGCUCCAGCGUUUUGGCCCUUUCACAGCAUUGGCUUCGAGCAGUUUGCAAGCCUCGAGCCUGCCGAGUUUGCCCGGGAGGUUGUGGACGCGGCCCCGGCCCGGCACGCGCUGGGCAGGAGGCCUGACGCUGCCGGAUGGGCUCAUCCAGGGCAUUCCCAUGGGACAAGCGGGUGCCGGCCAAGGCAGCACCCCUGAUCCGCGGGACUGCCAGCAGCUGGGGGAAUGGGAAGCCGAGGGAUCCCCUUGUUGGGGGUGUUUCUGUUCCGCGCUCUGUGUCUGUGUGCUUGAACGACGUUCUAUUGAGAAUACACUGC